CCAUUGACUCUCUUCCAUAAUCACCAACUCCUCUAGGUGUUCGAUAAAAAGUCUCAAAGAAAAAAAAAAUGAUAACAGAAGAUGAUUUCUACAAGGUCAUGUGCGCGAUGGUGCCUCUAUACUUCGCGAUGCUGGUGGCGUACGGCUCGGUGAAGUGGUGUAAGAUAUUCUCGCCGGAGCAGUGUUCGGGGAUCAACCGGUUCGUGGCGGUGUUCGCCGUUCCGGUGUUGUCGUUUCAUUUCAUCUCCCUAAACGACCCUUACCAGAUGGACACCAAGUUCAUCUUGGCCGACACUCUCUCCAAGGUUUUCGUUGUCGUUUUGCUCUUGGUUUGGGUCGUUUAUAGAAAAGGCUCAGGUCGUGGUGGUGGUUUGGAUUGGUUGAUUACCAUCUUCUCCAUUGCUACUUUGCCUAAUACUCUGGUCAUGGGCAUUCCUUUGCUCAAGGCCAUGUAUGGCGAUUUCACUCAGAGUCUCAUGGUUCAAGUCGUCGUCCUUCAAUGCAUCAUUUGGUACACACUGUUGCUCUUCCUAUUCGAAUACAGAGCCGCCACGUUACUAAUCCGAGAGCAGUUUCCGGGCUCGGCCGCCGCAGCCAUAUCCAAGUUCGAAAUCGACGACGAUGUUAUCUCCCUCGACGGAAGAACAGACCCACUCCGGACCGAGUCCGAAACCGACGAGCACGGUCGGAUCGUCCGCGUCCGAAUCCGACGGUCGACACCGCACCAUCACUCCGCCGCAGUGUCAUCACCCUUCUCCAUGGGAAUGAUCACCCCAAGGGCGUCGAACCUCUCCAACGCCGAGGUCUUCUCGGUCAACACUCCACCAGCGCCACUCGUCGUUUCUAAUAACCACCACCAACACAACCCCAGCUACCUCGACGACGUAGUUUUGGGAUACCGCGCAUCGGCCGGAGAGAGUCCCCACGUGUCAGGCUACGCUUCCUCCGACGCCUAUUCUCUCCAGCCAACCCCUCGGGCGUCGAACUUCAACGAACUCGACACAGUCACCACAGCCACCACAACACCCACGUGGGCUCUAUCCCCGGUGGCCGGGAAAGUGUUCCGUCAGUCGCCUCCGGCGUUCUCCGGAGUAAUGAUGACGUGGCAGUCGUCGCCGGGAGCUUAUCAGAGUGGUAAUGGCAAAGACGUAAAUACUGUUCCAGAUAAUCAUAUAAUAGAGAAGGAAAUUAGCUUCAGAGACAACAUUAAAAUACCAAUAAUGGCGGCGGGAGAGGACGAAGAGAAUGGAAAGAGUAACAAUGAUGAAUAUCACCAAGAGAUGCCAAAUGUGAUUGUGAUGCUAAGGCUUAUACUCACUGUCGUUGGAAGAAAGCUCUCACGCAACCCUAAUACCUACUCAAGUGUCAUAGGCCUUCUUUGGUCUCUAAUCUCUUUCAAAUGGAAUGUGGGGAUGCCUAGUGUGGUGAAGUAUUCUAUAAAAAUCAUAUCGGAUGCUGGUCUUGGCAUGGCCAUGUUCAGUUUAGGGCUUUUCAUGGCUCUCCAGAGUAGGAUAAUAGCAUGUGGAACGAAAAGGGCAGCAAUGGGAAUGGUGAUUCGGUUCAUUUGUGGACCAAUUAUUAUGUCUGCAGCAUCUUUCGCUGUUGGACUAAGAGGCCUCAAAUUACGUGCAGCCAUUGUUCAGGCAGCUCUUCCUCAAGGAAUAGUACCUUUUGUCUUCGCAAGAGAGUAUGGAUUACACCCUGAUAUAUUAAGCACAGGGGUUAUCUUUGGCAUGUUAGUCUCUUUACCUGUCACACUCCUCUAUUACAUAUUUCUUGGGCUAUGAAGAAAAUUCACACAUAUAUUGAUUGAUCGAUGAUGCUUGUUUAAUAGAAGUCAAAGCCUUAGAAAGCAUCCAAGGUAAACAAAACCCCUUAUAUAUGUAGCUAGCUAGCUAGGGCAUAGGACCUAAUUAAAUAUCAUAGAAUAAAUAAUGUUCUAUGACCUAAAUCAUAGAAUAAAAGUUCUCAUUAUAUAAUUUUUUUCCAUGCCCGACCAUUCUUGUCUGGCUGGACCCGGAUGUCUAUGAUACAUUUGUAAUAUUACAUAGCUAGUUAUAUAUCAACUGUUUGUACUAGGCUAUAUAUAUAGCUAGAGCUUUUUUUAUUAUAACAAGAAAUUAAAUUUGACUAGCUAUAUAUAUGUUUAUAUUAGUUUUUAGCAUAUGGGAAAAUUAAUGUCACAAUAUUAUAAUUUGUGGGCAAAUUAAGAUUGUGACUUGAUCUUUGUUGUUCUCCUAGUACAUCUAUAUAUAUAUAUUAGUGGUAGCCGAAAGGAAAUAUGAAAAUAA